CUUCUCAAUAUGAAUCCAAUGACUUGAUAUUUAACCGAUGGGACUGGACUGCUGUAACCUGUAAGUUUGCCAAGCAGCCCCGAACCCGAAGAAAACACGAUGCCUCCAGUACUGGUAGAAACUCGAACAGCCAUGGCGUCCUACGGUUGCAGAAUUCCUGCCAGACCCCUCGUAAACAGGUCGAAGACUUCUUCUUUCUCAAGAUUCUCAUCCGUGAAUACCCGUUUCCUUCCCUCCAAUUCACUCCGUCAGUUUCGUGCAAUGGCGACCAUUGCCGACGUCUCCUCGCCAUUCAAGAAAGUCCAGAUUGAGAGAGAUAACUCGACAUUCUCCGCCUAUGUCAUUGGGAGAGAUGAUGCACCGGGGAUUGUUGUGCUUCAAGAAUGGUGGGGUGUUGAUUUUGAGAUCAAGAAUCAUGCCCAGAAGAUUACCCAGUUCGAUAAGGGUUACAAAGCAUUGAUACCAGACUUGUACAGAGGGAAGGUUGGUCUAGGUGCUGCUGAAGCUCAACACUUGAUGGAUGGUCUUGACUGGAAAGGUGCGGUGAAGGAUAUUGAAGCCUCUGUCAACUGGCUCAAGGCAAAGGGUUCUAAGAAGGUUGGUGUUACUGGGUUUAGCAUGGGUAGUGCCCUAGCUAUUGCAAGUUCUGUAUUGGUCCCGGGGGUUGAUGCUGUGGCAUCAUUUUAUGGAGUGCCUUCGCCUGAGCUUGCGGACGUCACCGAAGCUAAGGCACCGGUGCAGGCUCACUUUGGUCAACGUGAUAUCUUUGCUGGUUUUUCGGAUGUUGAGACAGCAAAACGUUUCGGAUUGGAAGUGAGGGUUGUCGAACAUGAGGUGUUCAUAUAUAAGGGAGUCGGGCACGCCUUCAUGAACAGGUCCCCUGAAGGGAUUGAGAGAAAGAGAAGGAUGGGAAUAAAUGAUGAAAAUGCUGAAGCAGUAAGUAACUUGGCAUGGCUCCGUUUUCGUGCGUGGAUGGCCCAUUACUUGUCGGACUGAUUAGAGGCUUUCUCACUUAAUUAACUAAUGACUAAUUGUAGUCGGCAGUUUUUGGUAAUCGAUAUUAUACGGAUUUGUGUCCCUAGUAAUAUUUAUUGUGCUUGUGGAAGCUGGAGUUCGUGGGAUAUUUGAAUGGUGAGAUUAUUAUGUCAUGGUUGCAUAACGAGUUCAUGAUUUUAAUGUGAAGCUCUUGACUCAUGAUUUCUUUAUAUAAUUCAUUUACUACUAGUACAGAGCUCGUGCGAUGCACGGAGUGCAUAAUUUUAAGGUUAUUUAUCCAGACUUGUAAUUAUAUACAUGAAUAAAGAAAAAUGUACGGGAUAUAUAUAGUACGUGACCCGUGCGAAACACGAGAUAUAUUU